CAGGUGUUCAGCUUCCUCUUCAGCUUCUUCAUGAAGAUCAACGACCGUUACAGCAAUCCAUGAUAUAUAAUGCUGAUCCACAUAUAUCAUGAGUUUACUCUGGUUCUUCUCUGUGAAGAACUUUUACAAUCAAACCAAAUAUGAGAAAUAUAUAUAAGAACUCUGACUGACAGACCUUUUGUAACCUUUGGUUUACUGGCAUCACAUUUAAUGUUCUCUUAUGUCAGAUUUUAUCAUCACCAGGAAACAAAGUUUGACUUUAAUCUGCGCUGAUUCACUGCUGAUUAUUCUCUGAAUGACUGACACACCUUCUGUUUACUGGCAGCACUACAGCACAGAAUGGGUUUCUGCUCUCACGUCUUCCUCACAAGUCCUGACUUGGAUUUGAAGGUGUGAGGACGCGAUGGCUGCGUCUCUCGUUGUCUGCAGACGAAGGUAAAAAGUCUCUUUGACCUCAUCUGGACGAGACUUUAACAGUUUUUCCUUCAGGUGACGAAACAGCCAGAUUCUAACAGGGAGCCACGAUGACGUCAGUGGACCUUUUGAGCACUCUGAAGGAUUUAAAAGAAGAUGAAUUUAAGGAAUUCACCUGGUAUCUGCAGCAGCAUGACUUCAUGAAACCUUACCCAGCUAUCAAAGGGGCAAAGCUGGAGAAGCCAAAUAAGCCGGACACUGUGGAUCUGAUGGUGAAGACCUUUGAACUUCAUGGAGCUCUAGAGGUCACCAGGAAGGUUUUACAGAAGAUACCCAGGAAUGAUCUACUGCAGAGUCUGCCAAACACCAGCUCAGGACCAGAAGGAAAACAUCUGGACGUGUUGGACCAGAAGAACCGGAGGCUGGUGCCAGCGGGCAAAGCCUCCAACAAAGCUCUGUUUGAACCUGCUGGAGAUCAGUGGCAGAGGAAGUAUGCCUGUGAACUCACAAUCGACACAAACACACUGCACAGAUGGCUCAAACUGUCUCACAACAACAGGAAGGUGACAUAUGAGGGAGAGUAUCAGUCAUAUCCUGAUCAUCCAGACAGGUUUGAUGUCUGUACUCAGCUGCUGUGUAGAACUGGUCUGACUGGUCGCUGUUACUGGGAGGUCGAGUGGGGAGGAGAGGUUGUUAUAUCAGUGAGUUACAGAGGAAUCAGAAGGAGAGGAGGCAGUAAUGACUGUUUGUUUGGAAGGAACAAUCAGUCCUGGAGUCUGUUGUGCUCUGGUGAAGGUUACUCUGCCUGUCACAAUAAGACAGAAACACCCAUCUCCUCCUCCUCCUCCCCCUCUGAUAGAGUAGCAGUGUAUGUGGACUGUCCUGCUGGCUCUCUGUCCUUCUACAGAGUCUCCUCAGACACACUGAUCCACCUCCACACCUUCAACACCACAUUCACUGAACCUCUUUAUCCUGGGUUUGGGUUCUGGUCCAGCUUUGGUGGUUCAGUGUCUCUGUGUUCUGUGUAGGACGGAGAGUCUCCUCUGUAAAAACUCACUCUGCUGACGAUCAGAUUCAGAUCAAUAGAACAAAAUACAAUCAACAAAUAAAUCACUUUUAUAUAUUAUUAUGGAGAAAACAAUCAACCUUUAUUGAUCCCUCGGUGAAAUUCAGAAAUGCAUACUUUAGUACUUUUACUUUCAUUGUGAAUGCAGGACUUUCAGGUUUCACUACUUUAACUUCAAGAUCCGUUGAAGACUUUUGGAUGAAUGAACAUAAUAUUAAUUAAAGCUGCGAGCAGCGGCGAACGGGCCCUCGCAUCCUCCCGCACGUUGGGGGAGGUUUUUUCCCCGCAUGGACCGCCUGACGCUGGAAAUUAAGUUUUGCAAAUAGUCCGAUGCUUCCUGUAUCUGCUGCCUGGCGCUACAGAACAUGUACAAACAUGCAUCAUGUAGCU